AUAAUAUGAAACGGAGGAAGUAUUUGUUUCAUUUUAUAUUUCUUUCAUUUCAAAUUAUUUUGUAAGCAUUAGCACUUUUGUUUUGCCUUCUAGUGAUCAACUACUAAGUAUAAUUUUCGCCUGUCAAAUUAGGUUGAAUUUUAGUCACAUAUUCUAAAGUACCACUUUUAAACUUGCUUGCACUCACCCUCAUUUGGGUUUUCGGACUGGUUGUAAUUCACCUACUCUCAUUAUGGAUCUCUAUUACUUUUUCUAGAAUUUUUCCAUCAACAGUUCAUUAGUUUGCCAUGCAUGACAUAGUGCCUAUUUGCAAUAUAACGAGCAAUGUGAUCACAUGUUCCAACAUAUGUCAAACAAAUAUACUAAAGAUCUAUAGUUAAAAAACCAACAUAUAACUAUCCACAGUUUUAUAAGUUGUAUACACAACCAUCUAAAUCAACCAAAUACCUAAAAACACAUGUAGAUAGUGCAUUUUUUAGGAGAAUACUGCCAGGUGACAGCCAAUAGUCGCUUUUAACUAGUAAUAUGUCCGUUCAUUGCAACUGACCAUACGAUGGUGGGGUGUGGGUCUAACCUAAAGCAUGGGAUACAACUGGUAUUUUUUACCAUUUGUUUUUUAUGGUUUUCUUGGGGAGGUAGUGACUCGUGCUGUGCGUCAUGAGGGGGAGGGCAGACGGACGACUCCACCUCUAAGUAGUAGAGAUUAAGAGGCAACAAGGAUUACUAAAACCACAAUCCUUACAAAGUUCGUAACCAGCUAAGACUAUAUCUUUAAGAGUCUCAUUCAUUCUGCGAAUAUGCUGAAGAAUAUUUUUCCUAAUGAGAAAAUCAGAAAAACUGUGACUGUGUGACUGCGUGAGAAUGGAGGAAGAUGUUGCCAAUAGUGGAGUGGUAGGUCAGGAUUGAGGAGGUGAGGAGGAGGUGCCAAUUGAUGAGGGUACAACCAACCAAGAGGUGGGAUACAAGAUAUUUUUUUUGACAUGACGGGAUACAAGAUAUCACCGGUGAACUGAUAAUGAAAAUGAGGAUUAAGUGUUGCCAUGGUGGCAAAAGGAACAAUAAAGAUGAGAAAGAAGGGCAUUCACUAGAGCAAAAAUGUAUUUUGAUGUAUCAAUAGGCAAAUAAAGAAGGGAAGUUGAGAAAGGUGGUCAAUGGAUUGGAGGGCAAUUUUGCAAGGGCAAAAAGGGACGAAAUCAACUUUCAAGGGCAAAUAAGGAAUUUACUCAAUUUUGUAUGCUUAGCCCCUUUCGAUAAAUUCCUUAUUCACCCCUAAAAGUUUGCAUAUCCUCUUAUUUGCCCCUUAAUCUCACAAUGGCAUGUGGGUUAUGGGCCCACAUGUCAAAGAGAUUAGGGGGUAAAUAUGGGAUUGAACUUAUGUGCCUAUGGCAACAAGGGAUAGAUGCGGUUUUGUUCCAUAAAAGGGGUUGAACCCCUAUGCCUAGCCGCAAUUCUUGGUCUUUUCACCUCUCAACCUUCUCACCAAAGUAAACGCUCAAGGAUGGGCGGCCGCAAAUCUCCAUCAAAGUCGACACAGUCAAGCAGUAGUGGUGCCAGAUCAAACCUUCCAGUCUCAACAGGAAAGCCGUUGACACCGACCUUUUCUGGUCAAUCUGGAUCAGUUUCAGGUUUUCGUCAUCCUGGUUCACUAGCACCAAGGGGUUCCUCAAUGACUGGUAGUUCAUCCCUUGGGGUUCAACCACCUAGGGGUAGUAUUUCUGGUGCUUGGUUUCCUCCAAAUAGUCUUCAAGCAUCCAUUUAUCAGGUCGGGUAUCCUGCUCUCAGCAACCGAGGAGGUAUGCAUGUUGGGGGAAGUCCUGUUUUUACUGGUAACAUGAGUGCAAUUGAUGGUUCAAUACAAGCUUCCUCCUCGUACUUGACUAAAGAUGGUAACCACAAUUCUGCUCUUGGAUUGGCAGCUGCUCCAGUUUGUGGGAAUUUUGGCCCGCGAAUAACUUAUGUGGCUAGCGUUGCGGGUGGGGGCAACAUUGGGAGAACCAUAAGCUCUGCCGGAAUGUCUAUGCCUACUGUUGCAUCCCCUGUGAAUUUGUCUGGAAGUGGGGCUCUUAAUAUCCGAGGAUCAAACCAAAUGGGUGGUACUCAUCAACAAGGAUUGCCGGCUAUGAAUAUGCUUGGAAGCUCUAGUUCAGCACCUGGAGGAACACUAUCUAAGAACCAAUUGCAGGCAGGAAGCAGUUCGUCUGGUUCUCCAGGAAUGCGACAUGAUGGUAACUUUGGUGAAAAUUCUCUAUUUGACAUCAAUGAUUUUCCUCAAUUAGUUGGGCGACCUAAUUCUGCUGGAAAUAUUCAGGGGUUAUAUGGACCUCUAAGACAACAAGCAUUUGGUAUUAAUGCUGUUCAGCAAAACCAGGAAUUUAGAAUCCAUAAUGAGGACUUCCCAGCUUUACCAAGAUUGGAAGGUAUGGAGUUGCAUCGCAAGGAUCAUCUUCCUAAGAAUGCAAAUAUUAUGCAAGCACAACAUUAUCCUAUGGGCAAAUCAUCUGGCUUUAACACGGGCAGCAGUUGUCCACCCCGUAAACAACAUAAGCAGACAGCUAAUUCGGUUCAAAAUACUGGGCCUGAAAAUGUUGGACCAAAGCCAGUAAAUUCUCCAAGGUUGCCUUUAAAUCCGAGGCCUCGUGAACAAGUUAUCCAGCAAAAUCAUGAACCACAGGCUCAGAAGUCAGUUAGGCUGCAGUCAUCUUCCGGCCCAGAGUCUCACAAGGUUCAGAGUCCCAAGUCUUCUCAGAGAACUGAUACCACACCAGAGUCUUACAAGGUUCAGAGUCCCAAGCCUUCUCAGAGAACCGAUACCGCACCAGAGUCUCACAAGGUUCAGAGUCCCAAGUCUUCUCAGAGAACUGAUACCGCACCGGAUCCAUAUGAUCCAUAUGGCUUACAUGGACUACUGAGGGUAAUGAAGUUGAAAGAGGAGGGACCGGCAUCUCUUGCUUUAGGGAUUGAUUUGACAACACUAGGGUUGGAUAUGAACUCUUCAGAUAAUCUUUACAAGACAUUUGGCUCUCCUUGGUCAAGUGAGCCAGUUAAAGAAGAGUAUUCUUAUGAAAUUCCGGAUUGCUACUCUUCUAUGCAGCCUCCACCCCUGCAAGCGUUGCAUUUUCUGAGGUUUCACCUCAUGACACUAUUCUACAUCUUCUACAGUAUGCCACAGGAUGCAGCUCAGUUAUAUGCCGCGAAUGAAAUAUGCAAAUACGGGUGGGUUUACCACAAAGAGCUGCGUCAGUGGGUUAAAAGAGCUCCUAAUACGACCCCUCUCGUCAAAACUACAACUUAUGAACAAGGACUCUGCUAUCUUUUUGAUGCCAACAUUUGGGAUGCAAUUCCUAAGGACAACUUUAUUCUCCGUUAUGACGAUAUCGAGAAGAUACCUGCCCUUCCUCCCCUUCUUCCUGCCACCCAAAAUCCUGCCACCCAAAAUGGUAGUGUAAGAAUAAACAAGCCAUUGCAGUAGGUUCUCCGUGUUGAAGAUUAGAGUUUCAUGGCUUGGAUCAAUUGUUGGUAUUAUUAAGGGUAUGCAUGCUGGUUCUGGGGAUCGGAGCUCCUGCGAUGGCCGGCGUUUGUGGUAGCUGCGAAAUACCGCGGUUCAUAAUUCGUUGGCUGCAAUCAGUUAAACCCAUUUUUAAGUUUUGAAACAAAGUUGAACCCCGUUUUAAUUAUGUUUCGGUCUUGUGAUGACUGAAUGUUUUGAAUGUUUAAACCUGUUUUUACCUGUACCGUACCAGAUAUGUCGUUUAAACUUAUCAGGCACCGACAUUUUGGAUCUUGAA